AACAGGUCUCAUCAAGUUUUGUUACUCAGAACUGAACAUGGAAAGUUUACAAACACUUCUAUCCAUAUCAGAAGAGAUGGAAGAACCAUGGCCAAAGAAACUCAAAACAGAUAGUCAAGUGAGCUCAAAUGAGCAGAGGCAGCUGCUAAAAAGUUUAUGCUAUGCAGAUAAGAAAUCACCAGACACACAUCUAGGUUUUCUUGAAGGAUCUUGGGAUUUUAGUCAAAACGAUUUGGAAUUGCAAGAGAAAAACAGCACAAAAACCAGCUUAAGACAGUAUCUACAUUUUAGACUUUGUAUGAAUGCCUAUUUGCAUUCCAGAUUGUUAGGAAAUACACCAUUCAUAGAAAAAUGGGCCCUUGAAAAUGAUUACUGUAGCAAUUUAAAAGAUUCUGGUUCUGAAUUUAAUGAAAAUAUUAAUUCAUUGGUCACAAAACCUAAACCUUGGACCAUUUUUGCUAAAGAAAAAGAAAAAUCAAUAGACAGUGGCAACAUUUCAAAGGAGAUUGAGUUACCAUCAGUAAAUAUAGUUUCUUACGACAUCUUGGCAGAAAAUAUUGUUGUAAGACUAGAAUAUUUACUUACAGAUGUGCCAGCAUUUCAAACUAAUGAAAAUGGCACAGGUUGUCAUCAUGUACAUGGAGAACAAAACCAUAUUCCCAAACCAGUUGCAGAUGGUAGAAGCAUCAGUGACAAAAUCCCACUGCUACGUUUGUUAGCUGGCAAUUUCAUGAAAGGAAGAAAAUCAAACACUGGAUCGUUCUUAUAUGAAUAUAAAAAUGUCGUGGGUGAGGAUGAAAAUAUUUUAUUUCACAAAAAGCAAACAAAUGCCUUGGCAAAGACUAACUUAAGAAGGAACAAAGUAUAUAAGCACAUGUAUAUAUCUUAUUCAAGAAGCUGUGGAGUUGUAACUACCAAAUUAGUAAAAUGUACUGCUUUUGAGUUAUUUUUACAUGAUUGCAGCACUGCAGUUGAAAAUAAUGCCUCAAUAUUCAGCCAUUUUUUUCUUCUCAAUACCCAACAAAGGGAAAUCUCCAAUGGCACCAGUACCAUGGAACACUUUGAACUUUCCAGAAAUACUAUAGAAGAUGGUAGCUUUUCAGUAGUUGGUAUUGAAAAAGAACAAAUGGCAAGGCAACUUACAAUUUCUAACAAACACAUUUUCCCAGAGAAUGAUUUUCACAGCUCUACUUUAUGGGGGGGAAGGUUGUGUAGUCCUACAGUGCACAACCUGCCAGCAAACUUCAGACUAUUUAACUAUUUGAGUUCAGCUCCACUCAAAUUUGGGAAGUGCAGUAUUCAACAAUCAAAUCUUCCAAUGGUGAGUACAAUGGAACCAAAUAUACAAAAGAGAACUGGAAAAUUCUUCAAGGAAAACAAUGCUUUUCCUGUUAAAAAAUUUAAAGCUGCUCAUUUUAUUCCAAGAGCACAUAGCAAAGCACAAACAAGCAAAAGCAAACGUGUCCCAGAAUAUAUAAGAACUUGUAGCAGAGCAAUGAUGAACAAAACAAGGAAUGGUAAUUGUGAAGACUGUGGUUCUACUGAAAUGAAAGUCAAUUUUUAUCCAUUUGACACAUAUAAACAAAUUUGCCUCAGUACUGAUUCAGAGGAAAUUUCAUUUAUAGGAAAUGUGAUCUUUAAUGUUGAAAAUAAUAAAAAAGAUAGCAAAGGAUAUUUUGUUCCUGAUAAAAGAAUAACUUGCAGUGGCUCUGAUACAUUGACUUCUAAUUGUGUUCUCCCUCAGUUAUAUACAAUUUGCAAUCCUUUUUUGGAACAGAAAAGCAAAAGUAAUGAAUACAGGCUAAGAGUUGCUGGGGAGUGCUUGAAUGCUGACCUGAAAAGUGAUUAA